AUGGUUCGCGAAGAAAGCGAACAAACACUCCCUUCUCCGCACGGCUUUCCUUCCGGUUACGUUAAGUGCGAACGUUCUGAUAAGCGCAAAGCUGUAAUGGAUUAUCACGGUCAUUCUGUUGUUAACGUAUCAAUACUUCAGGAUGCAACAACCAGUCAUUUGGCAGCGCCCCUGAUUCACCGGGAUCGCAGCAGUUCGCUGACUGAUAAAUAUCACAAGUGA